AUGAGAGAGCCUUCUGAGAAGUCCAAGAAGUUGAAGACUCUGAAGAUGGGAGAACCGCCAGCAACCAGAUCGCCUGCACCUCUGGACUCUUAUACUUCAAGUAAGUCAUACCCCUCUGAAACUCCUUCUAAUUCAAAUUUAAAGCAACUAUCUUCCUCUCUACCUCACCCAUCUUCUACCUAUACCCCCUCUGAACCCACCAUAUCCAUUCCAUCUACCUCUGAACCUCACAACUCUAACCCUUCCUCACCCCCCCUACAACAAAUCAACCUCACUACCACAACACUUCCCAUAUCUGAAACUUCACCUCUGAAUGAACCCCUCUCACCCCUCUCCUCAACUCAUUCUUCACCACCAUAUUACGACAUAUCCUCUGAAUCCGAACAGCCAGAAAUCCCCGACCCUUCAUCUCCAACAUUGGCCCAACUCCAAGCCAUAGAACUAUCUAAACAACCUCCAUCUAUCCCAGACACCUCUAGAAGCUUAGGAGAGCUAGAGCCUCGUUUGGCCAGAGAAGCUGAAGAGAAAGCUUGCCAGGAAGCUGAAGAGAAGGCUAGACUGGAAGCUGAAGAGCAAGCAAGAAAAGAAGCCGAAGAAAAGGCCUCUACUGAGGCUGCUGUUGAAGCUGAAGCCAAAGCAAGGUUGACACUGAAGAAGCAGCACACAUUGCUGCGGAGGAAGUUGCUAAGGAAAAGGAAGUUUCUCUGA